AAAACAAUGGUGCUUCUCCUCAUUCUCGUUGCCUUCAGUUGCUUCAGCGGGGUCUUCAGUCUCGCUGAGAAGGAGCUUCUCUCGCUCAAACGCCUCACAACGACGCCUGCCCCUGCCCGAUUCUCGCAUACACCAAAGGAUGGUGCAACCAUAUUAGAAAUGAAGCACAUCAAACACCUACAAAAAGGGCUGACUCUUGAUGUGGUUCGAGUCGAAUCCAUACAAUCCCGAAUCAAGAACGUCGUCUCUGGUCACGUAGAAUCAUCACAAGCCCGUGUUCCUAUCAGUUCGGGCAUCCAGCUUCAGACACUAAACUACAUUGUCAUAGUAACAUUAGGCAUUCGGAACUUAACUGUGAUCGUGGACACAGGAAGUGACCUCUCUUGGGUGCAAUGCCAGCCCUGUAGGCUGUGCUACACUCAGCCGGAGCCCCUCUUCAACCCGUUGGUGUCUCCCUCGUACAGAUCGGUGCAGUGCAACUCGCAGCCCUGCCAUACUCUGCAGUCCAACACAGGAAACUCAGGGUUAUGUGGGAACAAUGCACCUAAGUGCAACUAUGCAGUAACAUAUGGCGAUGGAUCAUAUACCCGGGGGGAGAUAGGCAGAGACCGGCUCACUCUUGGAGCGACUCCAGUCGAGAAUUUCGUGUUUGGUUGUGGAAGAAACAACAGGGGUUUAUUUGGUGCAGCUUCUGGCCUGUUGGGACUAGGCAGGAAUGAUCUCUCACUCAUUUCUCAAACUAGUGAUGUAUUUGGAGGAGUUUUCUCCUACUGUUUGCCUGAUUCGGAUUCUGGAACUUCGGGCUCGCUAAUACUAGGAAACGAUACAUUAGUUUUCCAGAACACAACACCUGUUUCUUACACGAGGCUCAUUCCAAAUCCUCAGCUGUACAGCUUCUACAUUCUGAACAUGACAGGAGCUAGUGUGGGAGGGGUGCCUCUGCAGUCCCCAAGUUUUGGGGGAAACGGGGUCUUGAUCGACUCAGGGACCGUGAUCACGAGGCUGCCCCCAUCUGUCUACACAUCUGUGAAGGCUGAGUUCUUGAGACAGUUCACUGGGUACCCCUCAGCACCGAGCUUUUCAAUUCUCGACACCUGCUUCAACCUGUCAGCAUAUGAGGAGGUCAACAUACCUACACUUAAGAUGCAGUUCGAAGGAGAUGCAGAGAUGAGUGUGGAUGUAACCGGGAUGUUUUACUUUGCUAAGAGGGACGCGUCUCAGGUGUGCUUGGCGCUUGCAAGCCUCGCCUAUGAAGACCAGAUUGGGAUCAUAGGAAACUAUCAGCAGAGGAACACGAGAGUCGUAUAUGAUACCAAGCAGAUGCAAGUGGGAUUUGCGAAGGAAGUUUGCAGUUUCAAUUAAGACACAGAAAUGAGUGAUGAUUUGUAAGUGUGAUUCAGAAAAUUCAUUGGCAAAGCCAAAUGAAUAUGAACACAUACAGAAAGGUUUGAUUUCCUAGAUUUGAUUCAGCAAUUUGAAUUUGUUGUAUGAGUGGUAUAGAAUAUUGAUUUAGUCUUAUUUUUUGUGUUUAAUGUCCAAAUACAAUACUACCACACAAGGUAUGAUAAAUCAAGAACUUCUAUGUA